GGGGGCGGGAGCAAAACAAGUGUGUUUUACAUGAGCUGUGCUGCUGCAGUCGUGGUGGCCAGUUUACCGAAAUGGCGGAGACAGCAGACGGAAUGGAGGUGUCCCAGGGAGAGAAUUCGGCAAAACCUGCAGCAGAAGACAUGACCUCCAAAGACUACUACUUUGAUUCCUAUGCACACUUUGGUAUUCAUGAGGAGAUGCUCAAGGAUGAAGUUCGUACUCUGACGUACAGAAACUCCAUGUUCCACAACAAGCAUCUCUUCAAGGAUAAGGUGGUGCUGGAUGUGGGAAGUGGAACUGGCAUCCUUUGUAUGUUUGCAGCCAAAGCUGGAGCCAAGAAAGUUAUUGGGAUUGAGUGCAGCAGUAUAUCAGACUAUGCUGUGAAGAUUGUGAAGGCCAACAAGUUGGAUCAUAUUGUUACCAUCAUUAAGGGCAAAGUGGAAGAGGUUGAGCUUCCCGUGGAAAAGGUAGACAUAAUCAUCUCCGAGUGGAUGGGCUACUGUCUCUUCUACGAGUCCAUGCUUAACACUGUCAUUUACGCAAGAGACAAAUGGCUGCAACCUGAUGGCCUGAUUUUCCCUGACAGAGCCACGCUCUAUGUCACUGCUAUUGAGGACCGACAGUACAAGGACUACAAAAUUCACUGUACGUGUCAGUCUCUGAAUGCAUUUGAGGCCUUUUCAGCUGUGUCUGAAAUGAGACAUUAUUUUAUUUGUUUGUUUGCAUUUUCAGGGUGGGAGAACGUUUAUGGCUUUGAUAUGUCCUGUAUCAAGGAAGUGGCCAUUAAGGAGCCACUAGUGGAUGUUGUUGACCCCAAACAGCUCGUUAGUUCUGCCUGCCUCAUUAAGGAGGUGGACAUCUACACAGUGAAGAUCGAGGACUUGUCCUUCACGUCACCUUUCUGCCUGCAGGUGAAGAGGAAUGACUACAUUCAUGCGCUGGUAACCUACUUCAACAUAGAGUUCACUCGCUGCCACAAAAGGACAGGCUUCUCUACUGGCCCAGAGUCUCCUUACACUCACUGGAAGCAGACUGUGUUCUACCUUGAUGACUAUCUGACUGUGAAGACCGGAGAGGAGAUCUUUGGCACCAUCAGCAUGAAACCCAACGUCAAGAAUAAUAGAGACCUGGACUUUACCGUUGACCUCGACUUCAAGGGUCAGCUUUGUGAGGUGUCCAAGACUUCAGAGUACAGGAUGCGCUAGAUUUCUUUAGCAUCAGUGUAUGUGAGGCAACUCUGAGAGCAGUGCACACUUGUGUGUAUGUGUGUGUGAGUGUGUAAAACCAUGUACAUUAUUCCAUGACUGUGCAUGAGACAUUUUUUAGAGAUUCUGGUUUACAGAAUAUUGUCUGACAUAAAGGAUUUUGAAAGGUUUUGACCCCCCCCCCCCUUUUUUUUUUUUUUCCUCUCUCUCUCUUUAAAAUGCACCUAAGGGGACUAAACAUGGUGUAUCUUUAUUGUGCUUUAUUCCAUCUUGUGUGCAAAAUUCCUCUUUGGCCCUGCUUUUUUCAAAUUUUAGGUGUACCAUCUUGGAUGAAAUCCCUUGGGUUUAUGCAUGUACACGUGCACACAUGUGCAACUGCUCUCUUUUGCCUGUUUGUCUAUGACAACAUGUCCUCCAUGUAUAUUUUUCCCCUGCCAUGCCAACAUGUCUGUGUUGGUCACUGUAAAAAAAUUAAAUCAGCCACAUGUUUUGAUAUUCCAUCUGGUAAAGACAGCAUCUUCCAUGUAGGUAAAAUCAGUCACGUUUCACUGUGGACAGGAGCUCUGCCCAGUCGUCUGUUGAAUGAGCCCAUAUCAUUUUGUAUUUGUUCUGUACUUGGAGGCAGUUGUUUUGGACCAUCACUAGAAGGUGACUCCAUUAUGCACCAUUUGUCUUCUGUGGAGUAACUUUUAAUUCAUGUAGUGCUCCUAUGUCCUCAUCUGUAAGCUUUUUUUUGUUUGUUUUUUUGCAAUGACUCAAUCUGAGGAUAUUAUCGUGUUAUGGAAGAGACCGCAUAGUAAUCUCUUGUGCAACUCUUAGGUGGUGUUAAUGAGAACUAUUUUAGAUCUGUUGAUCUUUUUAAUGUCAUAUAGGAAGAAUCUGACCGUUUAGUUUAAGCUUAUCUGCUGCUCUUUUGCACUGUAAGCACUUAAAACUAAGUUUCUCAGACCCAGAACUACAAUUUAAUUCCAUGGAGGAAAACUUCAUACUAAAUUUUCCAUUCGAGUGCUUUUAUUGAAGGUGAUGCUUAUCCUGUGUUUGAGUAACUUCACAUUUGUUCCAUAUUGUGAUCUUCUCAUAGUGUUGCUGUGUACUACAGUGUUUUUGUCGAGGGGUGCAAGUUCACAUGCCUUGUCUAGCACUGGUUUGGAUUAUUACCAGGCAGACAUUUGUCCACUAGGAAUUUUUUUCCCUUCUUUUUUUGAAAUAAAAACAAAUUAAACAUG